AAGACCUGAGGGGUGAGAGGCAGGACUCUGCAGGGAACAGCCUGUGCGAGGUCCUUGUGCAGAAAGGAGCACGGGGAGAGGAAGGUUUGCGAGAAGGCCCGAGGCUGAAGCACGGGUGUGAGACGCAGCCAGGAGUGAUCUGAGGGAGGAGAACUCAGCAGAGGGCUGGCCUGGGCAGGUGAUGUUAAUAGGUUUGCAUUUCAAACACCCAUCCUUGGCCAGGGUGUGGAGAAUUGAUUGGAAGGAGCCAGGGGAGGAUGUGGGGUACCGGGUAGGAGGCUGGUUGAGCUGUCCAAGAAGGGGAGGCUGGUGGUACAGAUAGUGAAGUGGAUGGCUGGGGAGAUUCUUAAGAGGUGCAUCAGGACUUAAGCGAUGAGCGUGGUGCAUACAUGCAUCCGUACACAUGUGGUGGGCUGGUGGGACCAGGCCAGGGCAUGACAGGUGAGGGUGGCCCCGCUAGAGGCCUUGCCUCUUCCUUCCCCCUUCCUUGGGCCCCAAAUCUUAGCCCAGAGGGAGACCUGGCUCUCCCACCUUUGACCUGUGGCCUUCCUCCCCAGCUAUUCCUUCUCACCAUCUCCAUCUUCCUGGGGCUGGGCCAGCCCAGGAACCCCAAAGGCAAGAGGAAGGGGCAAGGGCGGCCUGGGACCCUGGCCCCUGGGCCUCACCAGCUGCCGCUGGACCUCGUGUCCCGGGCAAAGCCAUAUGCCCGCAUGGAGGAAUAUGAGAGGAACCUGGGGGAGAUGGUGGCCCAGCUGAGGAACAGCUCCGAGCCGGCCAAGAGGAAGUGUGAGGUCAACCUGCAGCUGUGGCUGUCCAACAAGAGGAGCCUGUCGCCCUGGGGCUACAGCAUCAACCAUGACCCUAGCCGCAUUCCUGCAGACCUGCCAGAGGCGCGGUGCCUAUGUCUGGGCUGCGUGAACCCCUUCACCAUGCAGGAGGACCGCAGCAUGGUGAGCGUGCCUGUGUUCAGCCAGGUGCCUGUGCGUCGUCGCCUCUGCCCGCUGCCGCCACGCACCGGGCCCUGCCGCCAGCGCGCAGUCAUGGAGACCAUCGCCGUGGGCUGCACCUGCAUCUUCUGAGACAGCCCUCCCUGCA